GUAGAGCUGGGGCGUGGCCUGACCUCUCUUGGCGGGGGACAGCGGGUGAUCGUGUAACGUAUAAGCCAAAGGCCGGAGAAGCUGCGGUCAGUCCCCGGCCGACGAUGCUGCUGCCCGCGCUGCUGCUGUCCGCGGCGUGCUGCAGCCUGGCUGCGCGGCUCGCGAGCGACUACGCCUCGCUGCCCGGAGGCCUCGUGCGCCUGCGCGUGCGGUCCUCGGCCCGCCCCCGGCCCCCCGCAGGCCCCGCCCCCUCGGACCAUCAGCCCAUCGUCGUGCGCCGCCUCGCCAGGCGCCAGGCCGCGCCCGACUGCGAGUGCAUCGAGUACUACCUGUGCGUGAACGGCACCAUCGACCCGUCCGGAGGGUUCGCGCUGGACCACAGGUUGGGCGAGCCGAUGUGCCCGGCGCUGCAGGUGUGCUGCCGCCCCCCGGAGGCGGGGCCCGACUCUCCACAGCCACAGCCACAGCCACAGCCGCAAGGCUGUGGCCUGCAGCGCCGCGACGCCAACGCCGUGGACGGCCUCUACUCGCGGAUCCACGACGUGGACGACCGAGAGGCCUACUACGGCGAGUUCCCCUGGAUGGUGGCCGUGCUGGUGGACGGCCGGUUCGUGUGCGGCGGCUCGCUCGUCCACCCGCAGGCCGUGCUCACGGCCGCGCACUGCGUGCACAACGUGGAGGCGGGCUCGCUGACGGUGCGAGCGGGCGAGUGGGACCCCUCCUCGCUGGACGAGCCGGAGCCGCACCAGGAGGAGGGCGUGGCGCGCGUGCUGCCUCACCCGCGCUUCGCCGAGCACAGCCUCUACCACGACGUGGCGCUGCUGCAGCUGCGGCGGCCCUUGCGCGAGGCGCGCGCCGUGGGGCUCGUGUGCCUGGCGAGUCGCCCCGCCGAGUACGAUGCCAGCCACUGCCUCGCCUCGGGCUGGGGCACCGACGAGCAAGGCACGAAGCCCGAGGCGUUCCGCGCGACGCUGAGGCGGGUGGAGCUGCCCGUCGUGCCUCGCGAGGAGUGCCAGAGCAAGCUGCGGCUCACGCGCCUCAGCAAGUACUUCAUCCUGCACCGCAGCUUCCUGUGCUCCGGCGGCCGCGCGGGCAAGGACACCUGCAAGGGCGACGGCGGGGGCCCGCUGGUGUGCCCGCUCAAGGCCUCGGAGCCGCCGCGCUACGUGCAGGUGGGCGUCGUCUCCUGGGGCAUCGGCUGCGGCGAACCCGACGUGCCCGCCGUGUACGCCGACGUCGCCGCGCACACCGACUGGAUCUCUGGGCAGCUGCGUGAGCUGGGGCUCAACCUCCAGGCCUUCGACCAGUAGCGAGCGUCCACGAACCAUACACUUUCCUCUGGCCUGGUUCCCGUCGCCCACCUGCAGCACCAUCCACACACGCCUACCUGCAGUUCCCUUUACACCCGUCUACCUGCUUGCCUGCACCGCCCACCAAGCCCCCCUGCUUGCAGUAUGCUUCACAUCUGCCUGCCUUCAGCAUAUUCCACACACCACUUCCUGGAAUGUGCUCCACACCCUCCUAACUGAAGCACCCUUCACACUCACCUACCUGCAGCAUGCCUGCAGUUCCUACCACACACCCUGCCUGCAGUGCUCUCUGCACACUCCUGACUGCAGCGUGUUCCUCACCGCCUGCCUGGCUCGAGAGCGGCUAGUGAUGGAUAUAGUUCGCGCAUGGUUCCAACAUCGGCCUGCAGUUUGCCUGCAGAACUUUCAAAACCAAUAACCGCAUUGGUUUACAAAUGGUAGUCAUAAUUUUGUUGAAAUUUAAAUGUAAAUUUUUACCCUGCUGCAAUAAUACUACAAUUUACUAGUCAAGACAUAUCAAACCUUUAAUUCAUUGUAACUGAGACACACAAAAUACUAUGAGAAUUUAAACUUCAAAUUUAUGUCAACAUACAUUAUAUACAAACUUUUUUUGCUUGCUGUUAAUAUUAUUAUUAGUUACGAGUGUAACAUUGUCAUCUACAGAAAAUAAAAUAUUUGUAAAUAUGUUUCUUUUAAUGCUUGGCUUGUUUGUUAUUCAAAGCCAUCGACAUGAAUAUUAUUUUACUAUACAGUCACGAUUUUACACUAAAAUUCUGAAGGUUUGGUGGGCUGGUGGGACAGUACGGACGAAAAUAUUCUGAAAAACGGGUGAGCGACGACAAAAGCUCAGGGAUUUGCUUAAAGAGAUCAUAUUAAUGAAUCUACACCUGGUGAACUUUAAAGUUGAGGAAACGAUGAAAGUUGCAACUUUACAAAUAAUAGACAAAGACGAGAAAAUAUAAGCGUUAAAGUGGACAUAAAUAUAUACUUUUUAUUUGUGGUUAAAAUUAUAAGUGCUGAAAAUUUGAGAGCUGGAUAAUUGUAUAAAACCCUUUCCGCAUACUGAUGAUUUAUAUAAAUUGAUAAAUUAAUCUACAGUUACAAGCUAACAAAGUCGGAGUUAUUGUUUGAAGAUAUUUGUUUACAGUUAAACCUCACUGUCCUCCAUCUCUUAGGUUCCAGCAAUAAUACGCUGGAUUACUGGUUCUCAAACCCUUUUUUUUAUCAUUCCAAUAUGCGCUCACGACAUGCAUUUGUUAAUUGCUCUUGGUAAUUUCAUUUACGUUUGAAAAUAUAUUACGCUUUCAUUUUAUACGGACAAAGAAAAACUUUAAACAAUACUAUACAAUUAUAAAUGUACCUAAAAUGUAAGAUGUAAUAAAUGGCAACCUUUUUCAGCCGCAAACAGCUGACCACGAUGACAUCAUGCGGGCAUGCGCGCUGCACCUCGGAAGAUAACAACACAGCUGCUGAUGUAAAAAUUAACUUCCUACCAGAAAACACAAAUUAUUAUAACUUUGCCUACAUUAGGUGGACAUUUCAAAGAAUUAUUUUGCUACCUAAUAAAUAAUCAUUUGAAAGCAUUUUAAAAUUUACAACCAUUUAAAACCCUGCUCAAGUUUACCAUUAUGUAAUUAAUUAAAACCACUUUUUUUCUUUUAUCCUAAAAUCAGGUAAAUAAAUACAAAAAAGGUUAUACUAAAACUUAAACUUAAACAUUACUAAACAUAACUAUUGCAAAUAAACAACCAUAGAGUUAAAUUAUAAGCGCUUAACUAGUAACCUUGGUCACAUAACUCUUUUCUUAAAAAAAAAAUUGAAAUUUCGUAUACUCCAUAGUUGCUCUUUCAUAAGUAUAGUGAAUCAAUCCUGAAUUGAGUAACGUGGCAUUUAAAACGGCGCAUCAACCACAAACCAACCAAACCCACUACAUUGCCAGUCCCCAAUCUAAAAUAGCUCAAUUCCCCAACACAAUUACUAAAACAAAUUAAAAAUUUUAACGAGACGAGAAUGAACUUCUUCUGGGUACCGCAACACAGCCAUACUAAACCAAUCUUCCAAAAAAACUCUCAAAAAACCCAAAACUACCAAACGGAGCUCAUAAAAAGUAUGUACCAACACCCAAACGAGACUCGUAUUACCACAUCAUAUAAAAAAUGAAAAAAAAUACACAUAAAAGUAAACUUGUGGACUUAUGUACAAAAAACUGUAAACGUUCUAUAAAAUGUCCAUCGACUAGCAGGACCAUACUUUUUUUGACUGUCUGAAACUCCAGCUCACUGCUCAUAUGCUUAUCCAUAUGUAAAUUAUAUAGCCAGAUUACUGCCAUGAUUAUGCUGAUAAAAACAUUGUAACUAUUAUAAUAUUAUAGUUCCUAGCAGAGUGGCGCAGGUUGUGGUAUCUAUUCGCCCUGCGAGUUAGGUAUCACAAUCCAAGCACCCGACUGGGAGUCGCUACGUGUUUCAAAAACAAAAAUUUGUAAAAAAAAUUAAAAAUAAAAAAACUCAUUAAAAAUGUA